GAAACAAGCUUUGGGAACUGCAACUGUUUCAACUUCCUGCAAAGCAGCGAUUCCGAUUUCUUUCUUUGCAACUCAGGCAGUUAGUUUGGGUUGCUAUUCGGAGAUCUCAGAGAGGUGAAGAUCAACUCCAGAAUGUUGCCAAUUACAGUGCUGAAGCAUCGGUUUUCUUCUCUCAAUCAUUUCACUUCCCACUGAUUGUUAACUCCUUAAAAAGCUGUUUGACAUAGAACUAGAAAUGGAUAACACCAGCAAAAAGCCAGAAUCAGAGUCUUUACCAACCGGUGUUUUUGAGUUGCUAGGGGAACCUGCCAUUUUUAUCAAUGGGUUGCCAGAAAUCUGUCCAGAUGACAGUUCUGUUGUUCUCUCAAGCACUGUGAGUGAUGCAGAAUCACAAAGAAACACAAGUCUAGCUGCAGAAUUUCUUGAAAAUGCUGUUUUUGGUGAAUGGUUGGAAGGAAGGGAAGUUCAAAAGUUGUUUGGAGGCCAAUACUAUACUGGUACUGUGGCUCAGUUUGACAAGGAAACUGGCUGGUACAGAGUGGUGUAUGAAGAUGGUGACUUCGAAGAUCUUGACUGGCAUGAGUUGGAAGAUGUCCUUUUGCCUCUGGAUAUUACAGUUCCACUAAAAUCAUUGGCGCUGAAAAUCAUAAAGAAGGGCCAGAAAACCAUUUACACUCCUGGGCAAAGUGUGACUGGAUGCAAAAUUGGCAAGACUAAAAGUGCAGGAAGUAAAGGGAACGAAGAUAGGGGCGCAUAAUUAAAUUUCAAUACCUGAGAUUAAUAACAGAUGGUGAACAUGAAUAUUUGAGUGCACUAAGGUUGUUGAAUUUGUAAAAUCGAGUUGCAAGAUGAAUCAAACAGAGAGUGAUAUACUUUAUGUUUCACAUUUGUUAUUAUGUACCAUGUAAUGUCGACUUGACUUAAGCAUGACUGCACAAUUGUUGUAGGAGGGGGAAAAACGGAACCGUUUGGCUUCUAUGCUUUGAGUGGUUGUUUA